UGUAUUUUUAUUUGGGGAACUUGGGGGACUGAUGGAGAUUAUAGCAGGUGCUGUAGGGUAAGAUUCGCCACCAUGUUAUCCUCUGUCCUGUUCGGGGGACUCGUUGCCCUCAUUGGCACUUCCAGGGGCUCUUAUCCUUUUAGUCACUCAGCCAGCCCUUACCUGCACCCCCACCUGUACCGCGGCUGCUAUGGCGACAUCAUGACCAUGGAGACUCCUGGGACUGCCUGUGAUAUAACCAGGUUGAUUAACUGCGGGAUUCGUGGUUCUGAAAUGUUUGCUGAAAUGGAUCUGAGGGCCUUAAAGCCGUACCAGACUCUGAUCAAAGAAGUUGGGCGGAGGCAUUGCGUGGACCCCGCCCUCAUUGCAGCCAUCAUCUCCAGAGAAAGCCACGGCGGAGCUGUCCUGCAGGACGGCUGGGACCACAGGGGCCUGAAAUUUGGCCUGAUGCAGCUUGAUAAAAAAAUGUAUUACCCUGUUGGCACCUGGGACAGCAAAGAGCACCUUCUGCAGGCUGUUGGGAUUCUGACGGACAGAAUUAAGGCAAUCCAGAGAAAAUUCCCCAUGUGGAGUGUGGACCAACACCUCAAAGGUGGUAUCUUGGCCUUUAAGUCAGGAGUCGAAGCCAUUGCCACCCCCUUGGACAUAGAGGCUGACUUGGUCAAUGACAUUCUCGCCCGAGCUCAGUUCUAUAGGAGACACGGCUUCUAG